GGCUCGCGAGUUACUUUGUCCGGCCGGCGCCGUCCCGACUCCGCUCCGCCGUCGUCCCCGGGCUCCUUCGCGUGGCGCUAGGGCGUCGUCGUCGGCAGCAGCAGCAGCAGCAGCGCCAUGAUCGCCUCGCACUUGCUGGCCUACCUGUUCACCGAGCUCCACCACGACCAGGCGCAGCGGGUUGACAAGUACCUUUAUCACCUACGGCUUUCAGAUGACACCCUCCGUGACAUCUCAGAACGGUUCCGGAAGGAAAUGGAGAAGGGCCUGGGGGCGGACACCAACCCUACAGCCUCUGUGAAAAUGCUGCCAACCUUUGUGAGGUCCAUUCCUGAUGGAACAGAGGAAGGCGACUUCUUAGCAUUGGAUCUUGGUGGCACAAACUUCCGGGUGCUAAGAGUCAAAGUGGCAGAUAAUGGCAGCAAGAAAGUUGAGAUGGAAAAUCAGAUCUAUGAUAUUCCGGAAGAACUGAUGAGAGGCAGUGGGACGCAGCUCUUUGACUACAUUGCUGACUGUUUGGCUAACUUCAUGGAGCAGCUGCAAAUAAAGGACAGGAAGCUGCCCCUGGGCUUUACCUUCUCCUUUCCCUGCCACCAGACCAAACUGGACGAGAGCAUCUUGGAUACGUGGACCAAAGGAUUCAAGUGCAGUGGUGUGGAAGGGAAGGACGUGGUUUCGCUGUUACGGAAAGCUAUAAAGAAGCGAGGGGACUUUGAAAUUGAUGUUGUAGCUGUGGUGAAUGACACCGUUGGGACAAUGAUGACCUGUGGCUAUGAUGACCACAACUGUGAAGUUGGACUUAUUGUUGGUACCGGGUCAAACGCUUGCUACAUGGAGGAGAUGCGCCAUAUAGAGACGGUGGAGGGUGACGAGGGCCGCAUGUGCAUCAACAUGGAGUGGGGAGCCUUCGGAGAUGAUGGAUCCCUCAAGGAUAUCCGGACAGAGUUUGACCAAGAGAUUGACAUGGGCUCCCUGAAUCCUGGCAAGCAGCUGUUUGAGAAGAUGAUCAGCGGCCUGUACAUGGGCGAGCUGGUCAGGCUCAUCCUGGUGAAGAUGGCCAAGGAGAAGCUUCUCUUCAACGGGAAGGUCCCCGACGACUUGAGGAAGAAGGGCUGCUUUGAGACCAAAGACGUGUCUGCCAUCGAAAAGGAGAAAGAAGGCAUUUCAAAAGCCCAAACAAUCCUGGAGCAGCUGGGCCUGGAGCCUUCCUACGAGGACUGCGUGGCCACCCAGAGAGUCUGUGAGAUCGUCUCCACCCGCUCGGCCAACCUCUGCGGGGCUGCUCUGGCUGCCGUACUCCACCGCCUGAAGGAGAACAGGGGGGUCGACUGGCUGCGCACCACCGUCGGGGUAGAUGGCACCGUCUACAAAAAACACCCUCAUUUUGCCCGCCGCCUUCACAAAGUGGUACGUCGCCUCCUGUCUGGCCAUGAAAUCCGAUUCGUCCGGUCAGAAGACGGGAGCGGCAAGGGAGCCGCCAUGGUGACCGCGGUGGCGUAUCGGCUGGCUGCCCAGCACAAGGCGCGCCAGGAGAUCCUCCGCCCUCUCCGGCUCAGCCAGCAGCAGCUGCUGGAGGUGAAGAGGAGGAUGCAGCGAGAGAUGGAGGGGGGCCUGGCCCAGCAAACGCAUGCCAAGGCCACCGUGAAGAUGCUGCCCACCUACGUGUGCGCCACUCCGGAUGGGACAGAAAAAGGAGACUUCCUGGCCUUGGACCUGGGCGGAACCAACUUCCGUGUGCUUCUGGUGCGCGUACGAAAUGGGAUGCGGCGCAGCGUGGAGAUGCACAACAAGAUCUACACAAUUUCAGAAGAUAUUAUGCAAGGAACAGGAGAGGAACUGUUUGAUCACAUCGUCAACUGCAUUUCGGACUUCCUGGAGUACAUGGGGAUGAAGGGGGCUUCGCUUCCCCUGGGAUUUACCUUCUCCUUCCCUUGUCAACAAAACAGACUGGAUGAGGGCAUUCUCCUGCAAUGGACCAAGGGCUUCAGUGCUUCUGGUUGCGAAGGAGAAAACGUGGUGGGGCUGCUGAAGGAAGCCAUCCUCAGAAGAAAGGAGUUUGAACUGGAUGUGGUGGCUUUGGUGAAUGAUACGGUGGGCACCAUGAUGAGCUGUGGGUAUGAAGACCCUCUUUGUGAAGUGGGGCUCAUUGUUGGAACCGGCACCAAUGCCUGCUACAUGGAGGAGCUGAGGAAUGUGGAGCUGGUGGCUGGGGACCAAGGCAGGAUGUGCGUCAAUAUGGAGUGGGGGGCCUUUGGGGACAAUGGCUGUUUGGAGGAGUUCUGGACAGAGUUUGAUGCCACCGUGGACGAGAACUCCCUCAACCCUGGGAAGCAACGAUUUGAGAAGAUGAUCAGUGGGAUGUACCUGGGAGAAAUUGUCCGCAAUAUCCUGAUUGAUUUCACCAAGCGAGGACUUCUCUUCCGCGGGAGAAUCUCUGAACGGCUAAAGACCAAAGGGAUCUUUAAGACCAAGUUCCUGUCUCAGAUUGAGAGUGAUUGCCUGGCGCUGCUUCAGGUCCGUCACAUCCUCCAGGACCUAGGUCUGAAGAGCACCUGUGACGACAGCAUCAUUGUGAAGGAGGUGUGCACCGUGAUCGCUCGACGUGCCGCUCAGCUGUGUGGGGCAGGAGUGGCCGCGGUGGUGGACAAGAUACGAGAGAACCGAUAUUUGGACUUCCUGAAGGUCACUGUCGGUGUGGAUGGGACCCUCUACAAACUCCAUCCACACUUCUCCAAGGUGAUGCAUGAGACCGUGAAGCAGCUUUCGCCCAAGUGCGAGGUGUCCUUCCUCCAGUCCGAGGAUGGCAGCGGGAAGGGGGCGGCCCUUAUCACUGCGGUGGCAUGCCGGUUGCGGGAGGCUGGCCAGCAUUGAGAAGGGCCCCCAAGCAUGCAGCUGGAGCCACCACUCCCUCCCUGCCCGGUCUCCAAUCGUCUUGUCUUCCAAAAUUGCUCCUGAUAGAGCCUAUCCGGGCCAGGUCCUUUGCACAUAGAUAGCAAGCCUCCCUGUAGGAUACGGGCCUCUUCUUCCGGUUGACCUCCAAGAGCUGUUCGGUGUCCUUCAGCCGUCUCUGAUCAGCCCGUGGCCCUCUCACAUCUGAAGCACCUGGUGCUGACCAGAUCAUAGCAUAGCAGAAGCCCAUUUCCACUGAAGGCAGUGAACCUGCUUAUAUUACGACACAAGCAUUUGUAGUAGGAUAGCAAGUAUUGGCAUUAGGAGAGCAGGGAGGUUCUCCAACCAUGAUUCUUGAGAUAAGCUCAGGGGAUUUGGGUGAGCAGAGGCCGGGAUAUCCCAGGACCCCAAGAGGCUGCCUACUGAUCUUCCUUUGAGAGGCUGCAAUGCCAUCCAGAGCGUGGGCUGCCUGUGGCCUCGCUGCUCUUUUCUGCUGCAAACAGCCCCCCACCCCAAUCCAUCUGAAGGGUCCUUGACACCCCAAAGCUGGCAAAGGACUGUUGUGGCCCCAUCCAGGAGGGAGGGAGACGCUACCUGGGCCCUUGAGAAGCCCCGCUUCUAUUUUCCCUCACAUUUUAUAAACCAGCACCUUAGUUUGCAGCUUCUCUGUGAAUUGGCUUCUUUCUUGAGUUUUCACCUCUGCCAGGUUUGGGACUGCAAACCCCCCCGCCGGUCCUUUGUGGGGGGGGAAGGGAAGCCUCUUCCCCACCUGUUUCUUGGGGAAGCUCAAGUGCAUUUUGAAGUUUUGAGGGCAAAGGGGGGAGGAGGAGGGGAAAGGCUUCUCCAGACCUGAACCGUUGACUUUCAAGGGAGACCCCUGCAGGAAAGCCGCCUCCAAAAAGCCAGGUGGGCAGCUGGGAUGGCAGAGUCCCCGCUUGCCUUUCCGCGGCCUCCUGCAGAUGACAAGCUCCCCUUCCAGUUCUGAAUCCAGCCACGGGAUGGGCAGCUGUGAAGAGGGAAACAACGCCGCUGCUUUCCUCAGGGACCACGAGUGGCAAAGAGCCAACGACCCAAAACCUCUCUUUAUGGCGGAAGAUCUGUUUAAUCGGAGUCAAACUUUACCUGUGACAUCCAGUACAAUUUUGGCAGUCAUUUUGAAGAGAAAUUAUUCUAUUUUUUUAUCUCUCUAUGUAUAUAUUUAUAUUUAAGGCUUGGAUUACUGAAACAGAAACGUUCAAGGAAAUAUUCCAUUUAAAAUUCCUAUUCUUUUAAGCAUUUAAAAUGAUUGACUAUUUUAGGAAAGCUUCAAUCUUGCAAUAAAGAGGAACCACUCCAAACAGCCUGUGUGGAAAAGACCAAAUGAAAAUUUGCGAUGGGACAAAUAUUAAAUUUAUCUAUUUUUAUACAAGGGAAAACAAAAAGAAUAAUCCGAUGCCAAACCUUUUUGUGGAGACUUUACUACAAAUAAUACCUCUCUGCUGAAAUGAUUGAAAACAAUAUUUGAUCUACUGUAAUUACAGAGAAAGUAAUUCCCUAUAUGUAUUUUUCUGUGGAAUUUACAUUCAUGAGAUUGUCAAGAAUGUAGAAAUGCCUUGCAUUUUCUUAGUAGUGUGCUUGUUUUAGUGAACAGAACCUUUUGCUUAAUAAGAUUGUUAACUUGAAAGAAAGAAAGGAAUUAGAAAUAAAACCUCUUUUGUCAGA